UGACGUCAUUUCAUCAUGGCAGCGCUCGGUGUAACGCGGUGUGUACUUAGGUCUUGCGUUAAAGUCAUGGAUCAAAAUGCACAAAUGCUUUUGCGGAAUGCUAGACGACCGCUGUGUGUUUCAACACAAGACAACACUUCAGUUAAUGUCCCUCAAACCAAGUUCACCGAUCCAGAGGUUCAAGAUAUUCUGACCAAAAUCACAGGUUUGGAUCUGCAGAAAGUCUUCCGGCCCCUAAAACAGCUCCUAACACCACCUAAAUAUAAACUUAUGACAGAUGCAGAGAUAGAGGAGGCAGUGCAUAAAGCAGAAUUGCAGGCUGAACUGUUGCUGAAGAUGCCUCCAGUAUUGCCGGAGAGGAAACCCAUAAAUGAUGUGCUGUCCGAGGAUCAGAUAUUGGAGGGCAUGGAUACUGCGAAAUAUGUUUUUACGGACAUCAACUUUAACAUCCCACAUCGAGAACGCUUUAUUGUUGUGAGAGAAUCUAGUGGCACACUGAGAAAAGCAUCAUGGGAAGAACGAGACCGGAUAAUUCAAGUUUAUUUCCCCAAAGAGGGCCGCAAGCUCACGUCACCGCCCAUCUUUAAAGAAGAGAAUCUCAAGGUGGUCUUUGAACAGGAUAGACAUGAGGAUGUGCUAAACUACUGUGUUGUACAGUUUGAGCCAGACUCUGCAGAAUUUAUACGGGUGCACACAUUGACCUAUGAGGACAUUGAAAAGCAUGGCAAAUAUGAUCUCCUAAGAUCCACGCGGUUCUUUGGUGGUUUGACCUGGCAUCUGGUCAAAGGCCAGCGGAUUGAUAACCUUCUUGUGGACAUGCUGCAGAGAGACCUAAUGCAAGAUGCAGUGAGGUUGGUACGUCUGUUUAAUCUCAUUCAUCCUCAGAGUGAAUCUGCACUUCACGCUCAAACACAACAGGCUACUGACCUGGACCUUCUCAAGAUUUAUGCCCAGUUUCAGUCAAAUAGAGCUGGAUUCAUCGAGCUGGCAGUGCAGACCUAUGAACAGACCAAAGCUCUGAGCACCUCUUAAACACAUUCAUCUUUUCUCAUUUACUGAAAAGCAAUUACCAUCACUUAAGGAAGUAUAUAUAACAAUAUAUAGUACCAAAUGUUGCUUUGAAAUGUGUUUUCAUUUUGUACAUAAUA